AUGACAUUGAUGUUUCGUGUUGCAAUGAUGUUUGGUUCAAUGUUCAUAUUCAUUUCACUUCUCACUUUUCUUUUACAUACAGUUAAUUCAAGCAAUGCUGUUUAUCUUCAAGAACCUUAUUAUAAUGAAUUAGUAGGUCUGGAAAAUGAUGAAAAUCCAUCUAUUGUUAUUAAGAGAGAUGAUGACGAUAAUGAUUAUUUUUUAAAACGUAUCAUAUAUCCAGAUUUUCAUUCCAGUCCGUUACAAUCAUCGCGUCGAGCACGUGUGAAUCGUUUGUAUGGAAAACCAUUAUGGAUUUCACGACAUGGACGAUAG